UUAUAUGCUUUAGAUAGACUGAAUGAUUUGUAAGACAGAGGCUUGGGCCACUGAUGGUUUGGAUCCAUUUAGAAUGACUUGCAGGCAAGGGACCAGUUGGGCAGCUCACAUCUUGCAGUGUUUUUCAUUUGGGUCAGACAGAUAUUUGGAUUUUAUAAAUAUUAUGGCUAAUUGGAUUAAUUUCUGAUUGAGGGCCAAAAGUAGCUUAAGUUGGAAUCUACUUCAUAUUUUCUUUUAAACAAUCUUGAGGUUUGAAACUGUUUGGUUCUAGUUCUGCAGUUCUGCGUGUACACAAACCCCACACAACUUUUGAAGGGGUGGCUUUGGAUUCCAGUUUGGGUCUGUCUCUAAGCGUUGGAGGGAAUGGGGCUCAGGUUUAGAGUUCUUACUGAGAUUCAGGCUUCCUCAAAAUAGGAGGCAAUUUGGCCUGUGAUCCUGGUUCAGAUACAUAUAUGACAUUUCUGGAAAGUUACAGUAAAUAAGGAUCUAGAUACCUUCCAACUUAGAGUUUUUGGAUCUGGAUCAAUUGCAAAUCUGCGUAUUUUCAAACUAAGAGGUGUUUCUGACUUAGUACUCAGGUUUAAAGCUGAAUAUCUGUUAACUUUCAAGGGUUCAAGUCUGUAUUUUAUCCAAACUUAGUACGUUUUGAAUCUCUCUUCCUAUUUGUAGGUAUAAGGUAGGUAGGACUGAGGAAUGAAUGUUAGUUUGGGGUCACACGUUCCAGAGUACUAAGAAUUUCCUACAUCCCCAUUUUGGCAUAGAUUUGGGUUUUAAAUUUUAAAUUUCAAAUUCAGGGAUUAUUCCUGUUAUUUUAACUGAAUAGAAGCAUGUAAAAACUUGUGAUUUUCAUCAGCUGGCUUUGAUACAAGUCCCCUUGAUAAAGUAUUUCUGUUUUUUCCCCUAUUAUUCUCCAUCAUAAAACUCUGAGAGGUGCCAGAGAUAGGAAGGUGAAGCACUUCAUAGACUUACGGUGCCGUCUGCUCAUGGCACUACAGCUGAGUCCAUUUUACACAUGGAAAAACUGAGGCAUCGAGUGGUCAACUGGUACAUGCACAGCCAGAUUGAGUUAACCACAGUUCAAAGCUAAGUCUCCAAAUGCUCCUUCUGCUUUCCUGACCUUACAUAUACUCCAAUAAAGUGAAUAUGGUCAUAAAGUCCAGAGAAACAAAUAUGUAAUAGGACUAAAUUUUUGCAAUAUAUAUUUGGAUAACUUAUAAGCUGCCUCUACACAUGCCAGGUGUGUAUGUAGCUAAAUAUUACAGAUGGAGUUGAACUAAGUCACUUAUUAGAGCUUUUUUCUCUUUAUAUUUUAUCCUAGGGUAAAAAAUGUUGUGUUUUGAUGAAAACACUAAUGAAAAUUAACCUUUUGAGAAAAAAAAAAACCCAACCCAAACCCAACUUAAUCCUUCUGUAUUUACUGUACAUCUGGAUGAAAACGUAACGUUUAUAAGUGAAAUACAAAAAUGUGUAGCAGAACGUUUAUAAGUGAAAUACAAAAAUGCAUAGCAGCUACCAGUGAACAGAGCUAAUCAAAUUCACCAGUCACCAGGCUGGUUAAUGUUAUAAAGACUGUGAAUCAUGAGUAUCCAGCCAGCCUGAGGGCACAAACCCAUGAAUCCAGGGAGUUUACCUGUCUCCUUUAGUCAGCGGGCUGUCCCUUUUCCAUCACUACAACUUAGGCAUAUACUGCCUAAUAAUAAAUGCGAUAAUAAAAAUGCAUUUUGGGAAGCAGGGUGUUCUAACAGAGCUUCAGAUCAAAAGUGAGAUUAAUUUUACUUAAUUGUAGCCAAAUACAAGCUAGUUGCUGAGCCUAGCCAGUUGUGUGGUCUCCCUCCUCAGUGGAGAAAGCUGGGAUGAAUGAGGUUUGGGAGGUGCCUGUCCCUCCACUGACAAUAGAGGGAGCCUACACAACUGGACACUUAACUUUUAGGUGGGUAUGAGUUGCUCCAGGCAAGUUCCACGUUAGGCAUCAGGAGAUGCGGGUUCUCGUCUGUUUUUCCACUGAUUUACAGCAUAACCUUGGGACUAUCACUGAACCUUCCCCCUGCCCACCUCAGACCCAGUUUCUCCAUCUAAAAAAUACCCCGUGGAUAAAGUUCUUGGGGGAACCUUUGUCCAAAGAUGGAAAACAGGGAGACAGCGACUAUGAGGAGACAAACUGAGGACUGGGGAACAAGCAGCAUAAGAAAGAAGUGUUGAGAGCUGCUCUUAACCCUUUUGGAGUCCGAAGUCAAAAGGGGACUAGAGGGCUUGACGCAUCCUUUACAUCCUGCAUUUACUCUGACCACAGUCCCUCCGUGUUCUCACAAGUGAAGCUCAGCCCUGCUUCCCUUCCUGUUGAUUCCCGGUCAGCUACAUGACUGCCUGAAGUUACAUUGUAGAUGCUGAAAUCACUGCACCUUAAAAACAAAAAGAUUAAGCCGCACUGCAUUCCUAAUGUUGGCAUUUUUGGACUGUGCAUCUGUUUAGGCACGUGGAGAAAGACAAGACUGAGAUCAUCAGUGGUUGGCAGUUUUCCUCAACUCUGCAAGAGAGAGAGAGAUUCGGUUGGAAUGAAACCUUGCUUUCCGUACAGCCUGCUUGAGAUGCAGCAUUGAAAGAUCACUCACAAUCAGUUUGUGGCCUUCCUCUGAAGGAACAUUUCCUGUCUCUUGUACACAGCCUCUCUCUGUUCCCUGCCCCAAUGAACGUCUGCACUAGGUCCAAGGCUUGGAGUAAUUUACCUGAAGAGUGAUACCAUUUGGAAACCACUGAAGAAACCCAAGACAGCUGAAAACCAGAAGGCGUCUGAGGAGAAUGAGAUUACUCAGACGGGUGCAUGCAGCGCCAAGCCGGGCCUUCCCUGCCUGAACCUUGAAGCUGUUCUGUCUCUGAGCCCGGCCCUCAUCACUCACCACAUUCACAACAAACCUGCACGCACACACAGGGUCAUCUGAUUGUAACAUCAGUUGCAAGGGGAUGACAGAGCGCAUUCAUAGCAUCAACCUUCACAACUUCAGCAAUUCUGUGCUCGAGACCCUCAACGAGCAGCGCAACCGUGGCCACUUCUGUGACGUGACGGUCCGCAUCCACGGGAGCAUGCUACGCGCCCACCGUUGUGUGCUGGCGGCUGGCAGCCCCUUCUUCCAGGACAAGCUGCUGCUGGGCUACAGCGACAUCGAGAUCCCCUCAGUGGUGUCAGUCCAGUCUGUGCAAAAGCUCAUUGACUUCAUGUACAGCGGGGUGCUGCGGGUCUCCCAGUCAGAGGCCCUCCAAAUCCUCACAGCUGCCAGCAUCCUGCAGAUCAAGACUGUGAUUGAUGAGUGCACAAGGAUCGUCUCGCAAAAUGUGGGAGAGGUCUACCCGGUGAUUCAAGAUUCUGGCCAGGAGACACCCAGGGGAACACCCGAAUCAGGCACCUCGGGGCAGAGCACCGACACAGAGUCUGGCUACCUGCAGAGCCAUUCACAGCACAGUGUGGACAGGAUCUAUUCAGCCCUUUAUGCCUGUUCCAUGCAAAAUGGCAGUGGGGAGCGCUCCUUUUACAGUGGAGCUGUGGUCAGCCACCAUGAAACAGCCCUGGGGCUCCCCAGGGACCAUCACAUGGAAGACCCCAGCUGGAUAACCCGGAUCCAUGAACGGUCGCAACAGAUGGAGCGGUACCUCUCCACCACUCCAGAGACCACACACUGCCGCAAGCAGCCACGGCCUGUCCGAAUUCAAACCCUGAUGGGCAACAUCCAUAUUAAGCAGGAGAUGGAGGAUGACUAUGACUACUAUGGCCAACAGAGGGUGCAGAUCCUUGAGCGCAAUGAGUCUGAGGAAUGCACUGAGGACACUGACCAAGCAGAAGGCACUGAGAGUGAGCCCAAAGGGGAGAGUUUUGACUCGGGAGUCAGUUCCUCCAUUGGCACUGAGCCCGAUUCCAUGGAGCAGCAGUUUAUGGCUGGUCUAGGCCGGGAUGGGCAGCAAGAACCUUCUCAAGCAGAUCAAAAUGACGUCCCUGCUGAUGGCACUCAGCCGCAGCAGCAGCAGCAGCAUGUAGAUGCCAACUCUUCCUCGCCAGAGAGAAGCAAUGACGUUGAAAUGGACAACAAAGUGCUCACAGUCAAUAACAGCACCGAAAAGGGGGCUUUGCAGCCUUCUGUCAACACAACUGUUGCCCAACCAUUGCCAACCACACAGAUCUACUUACGCCAGACAGAAACCCUCACCAGCAAUCUGAGGAUGCCACUGACUCUGACCAGCAACACUCAGGUCAUUGGCACAGCUGGCAACACCUACCUGCCUGCCCUUUUCACCACACAGUCUGCUGGCAGUGGCCCUAAGCCUUUUCUCUUCAGCCUGCCCCAGCCUUUAGCUGGCCAACAGGCACAGUUUGUGACAGUGUCCCAGCCUGGCCUGUCAACCUUUACUGCCCAGCUGCCAGCCCCACAGCCCUUGGCCCCAUCUGCGGGCCACAGCACAGCAGGUGGGCAAGGCGAAAAAAAGCCUUACGAGUGCACUCUCUGUAACAAGACUUUCACCGCCAAACAGAACUACGUCAAGCACAUGUUUGUACACACAGGUGAGAAACCCCACCAAUGCAGCAUCUGUUGGCGCUCCUUCUCUUUAAAGGAUUACCUAAUCAAACACAUGGUGACGCACACUGGCGUGAGGGCGUACCAGUGCAGUAUCUGCAACAAGCGCUUCACCCAGAAGAGCUCCCUUAAUGUGCACAUGCGCCUCCACCGCGGGGAGAAGUCCUACGAGUGCUACAUCUGCAAGAAGAAGUUCUCCCACAAGACCCUGCUGGAGAGGCAUGUGGCUCUGCACAGUGCCACCAACGGCACGCCUGGAGCCACCGGCACCGGCGCAAGGGCUGUCCCUGCCGGGGUGGUGGCCUGCACGGAGGGGACCACGUAUGUCUGCUCUGUCUGUCCAGCUAAGUUUGACCAAAUCGAGCAUUUCAACGACCACAUGAGGAUGCAUGUGUCAGACGGAUAAGUAGAAUCUCUCUCUCUCUCUUUGUUAUGAACAAAAAAAAAAAAAAAUAGAAACAACGAAAAAAAAAGCUAUGGCACUAGAAUUUAAGAAAUUAUUUUUGUUUCAUUUUUACCUUUAUUUUCCUCCUUUUUUUUUUUUUUUCUUUUUUUUUGGGGUUCGUUUCGUUUUGUUGUUUUUGUACUACAUGAAGAACUGUUUUUUGCCUGCUGGUACAUUACAUUUCCGGAGGCUGGGAGAGUAAUAAUUUUCCCAACCUCCCUUGGAUGGUGGCCUUAAGGCCAGGUAGUGCUUCAUGAGCUCCACUGGUUGGAUCUCUAGCUACUGGCCUCUAAAUACAACCCUUCUUUACUACAAAAAAACAAACAAACAAACAAACAAAAAAAAAAACCACAAAAAAAAUCAAAAAACAGACAGAAAAAUAAAAAAAAAAAAAAAUUCUUUUUUCUCACUUGUGAAGAGCACUACAAAAAACGAAAAGAAACAAAACAAAAUAUAUUACAAAUCUACAAGGCCUACUGUCGUUAUAAGUACACCGCUCGCAGUGUUUCAAUGGACAUAACUCACAAUGCUGACCGCUUUUGGACUUCACAGUAUCCAGUUAGAACUGUGGAAUAUUUUGCUUCUGGUUGAGCAGCAACCAGAGGAAACAAGGCCCUGCUGGUUUCCACCACGUGUCUGCUUUCUCACACACACGCAUCCACAAACACACGAAAGGGCUGAGGGGAGUGCAAGGCAGUGUGGCUUGGGUAGUGUGGAGUCCCUGCAGGGUGAGGAAAAAGAAUCAGAGGUUCCUCACCAGGAUUCUGCUCCAUCCCACGCUGUCUGGCGCACCCUCCCCGCUGCUUUUCUCAUACCACCACCACCACCUUAUAGCAGAAACCAAGAAGAUUCAGACAACGAGCAACGGUGGCUUUUAUGUAAUUUAUUCAGUGUCUUCGCUGAGCCCAGGGCCUCAGCACAAUCAAGAGGGACUUUCACAGAAGGCAAAGAGAAACACAGAGGAAAAUCAAAGAUAUCAGAGGUUGCAACCUAUGGAUCUAGGUACAAGAGAAGGGUUAGUUCCCACAAUCUUUGCAAAAAAAAACAAAAGUUGCAUCAGGAUUUAUUCUUGUGGAAGAAAGAGGAAUAGAGGGUGUUGGGGGGGGGAGGGGAAUAAUAAUUAAAGAAAAAAAAAGAGUUCUUGGGACUUUUUUAAUUCAAAAUUUUAUAGAGGGGCAAAAGUGACGUUUACCAGAUAGAAUGCUGAUUUUUUUAAUAUAUUUACAACAGUAUUUGUGUAAAAAAAAAAGCAAAAAAAAGUGAGAUUGUUAAAAGUAAUUUUUCUUUGUUUUCUUUUUUUUUGUUUUGCGUACACUGCCACUAAUAUCUUCUCUUUUAUUAUAUAUAUGAAUCUAUAUAUAAAUAUAUAUUUUAUUUUAAAUUGAGACUGUUAAGGUUAGCUAACCUGCUUCCAGAUAGAAGGGGGGAGGGGAGAUGAUCUUGAUUUUUAUUUUAAAAAAAAAGAGGAAGGUUGUUUCUUAAUUUUAAUUUUUUUUUUUUCCUAGUAUUAUUUUCUCUCUCUCUUUUCUAAUGGAAUCAAGAAUUACCUGGGUCGAUGAGGGGCUCUGUGAGGUCAUCUGUGAGAUUAUCUACUAGAGUUUGUGCAUCCUGCAGUAUCAUUCGAACUGCUACUUUGUUUUUGAAUUACCUGGUUCUCUUUUUGGCUCUUACCAAGGUUCUGUUGUUUCUUUCUUUGGUUCCAUCUCAGACUUUAUUUCUGCUGAAGGGCGGUUCCUUUUGAGAAAGAGAUUUUCCUAGCAAUGUUCCUAUGGUUUUAGGGAUGAUAGAAUCUGUAGUCUUUUCUUUCUUCUUUGAAAAAGUAAUGAAAGUUUUGAAGGUGUGUAAUAACUAGGAAUUCCCUUCUUUUUGGUCACUGGACGAGAAUUAAUCUGCUGUAUUGUUUUCUCAUCCCUGCCUUGCUCGCUAGAGAGCUUCCGUAUUUGUGUGAGAAUCUGAUCCUGCCCCUGGUAAUUUGUGCUGAUGCCAAAAUAGCUUCAAAUGUUACCAUUGCAAAUAAUCUCCCCUUCGUCAUUUGCAAAAACAUGUAACUGAAGGGCCACAUCCCACAUUCUCUGCAUAUGCAAAGCUAUGCAAGGAAUGUAGGAUCAGUGUGAAAGAUUGAUUCCUGAUCUGCAUAUAUAUGUUUGUGUUUUGUAUUUUGUUUUAUUGUGUUUGGGCUGGUGUUCUCCCUGGUCGUCUUCUGUGUAUCUGUGUAAGAAUUUUUCCCCCAAAGCCAACUCCCAAAGUACGUGGGUCCUUAGUUCAGUUGGAUCAGUGUCUGACACUAUCUUUGUCUUGCUUGAAAUCCAUAGCUAGGACUUGCACCAGCUGCACUCUGGACUUUAUAUUUUAGGCAGAGAAGAAGCACCUAACAAAAAUAUGCAAAAAGGAGAAAAAAAAAAAGAAUUGCUAGUUUAGCUUUUACUUGUGUUUAUAUUUAAAUUAAGCUUUCUUAAGUUUACAAAACUUUUCUUGUGAACACUGAGCAUUUCACAUGAGACAUUCUUUUAUGCUGGACAACUUUCUAACUCUUGACUUGAUAUAGAUUUCCACACACAAUUUUGUGUGUUCUUUGCGCCUGCGGCUUCGGCAUCGGAUGUCUGUGAUUCAACACAGGUAACCUCAUGCUGUGUUCUGCACCUGUUCCAUUACUGAUUUAUCUUGGGGAGAAAAAGCCCUGACAGGUGGUUUAGUGCCAGAAUCUUUCUGUACCCUGCAAGGUAUUUUUCAGCAGAUCGUUAACGAUGAAGCCCUGAUUCUCAGCUACAGUAGGCAGCAUAGAGAGACUUUGAGGUGAGUGCCAGAGCAAAUGGGUCUCUUAUAUGGUAACAUCUGGGUUUUGUUACCGGUUUGUUUGGGUAGUUCAAGGGGGCUGAAGAAGGAGCACAAGUUAGUUAACAAAUGUUGUUUUCAUAACCACACUUGGUAAAAACAAUGCUGGCAUGUAAAUGAAGAAGUGAAAAGACAAAGCCUAAGACACAUAGAGGGGGAACUGAUAUCUGAGAUGUAAAGACACACUAAAUCCGUACAGAAAAUAAAGGUUCUAGAGACAAGGGUGUAGAAGAAAAAUGGGGAAGGUGAACCUGUACAAAAGGAUUGAAGGUCUUUCUCUGGGGAAAUGAGGUUUUUUUUCUGAGAUCUUUAGUAUUGAAGAGUUUCGUGUUCUCCCAUAAGGAAUUAAUGAAGGAUUUUACCCAGCUUAAAUAUCUGUAGCUGCUCAUUUGUCAUCUGAGGUCUGGGAAAAAGCUGUUUAAUUCGCCAUUGUUAAAUCUGGUGAACUGUAGUCGAGAUGUAGCAUAUUCUGGAAUAUGAUUCUGAUACCAGAAGAGAUAAGCCAAUAUACAGGAAAUAAGAAUCAGGGUUUACAUCCAACAAAAUCCAAACACUAUGGUGUUUAGAGAGAAAAAUCCUGUCUAAAUUUUAAUUCUUCAAUUUUCAACCUUCCCUAAAUCAAAGAAGCAACAUUUUUGAAAUGCAGUUUUAAUUUUGAAGUGCAAAUUUAUUAUGGGGCCUAACAAAUUUGAAGUGAAUUAAAGAUCAGUUGUGAAUGAAAGAAUGAAUGAAGGGGGCCAAUUAAAAAAAUAAACCUAUUAAAUUAAAGCUAAGACCUAUUAGAUUGAAUUCUAAAUCACUUGUCAAAGAAUUUAGACCAAGGUCUUCACAAAUGGCAGCCUGAAAUGUAAACUGGUUUUGUUGAACUUCCAGGCUCAAAAAUUAGUGACUUGAUUUUGUGAAACAUGGAGCAACUUGCAAAAUGGCUGCGAAUGUAUCUGAAAGUGCUCAUCAAGUCACUUAUUUAAAUGCCUUUCUGUGAACUUAGGAGCUCAAGCAUAGACCUUUUAUCUCUUCAAAUGUGAAAUGCUUCCUCCCAUCUGUUGACAUAUUUAUUUACUACUUGAAAACUACAGUAUCUGAAUGUUACAGGUAUCUUCAAGCUUCAUGUAUUGCUACAAUAUUCCUUAGCAGAAAGAAUACACUAGCAGUCACAAUGAUCUACAGUCUGGUGCUGUUGGUGUUUGAGCACAUCCAUGCUUGAAAGGCUUCCUUCAAAACACCUGAUAAAAUCAUACAGAUGAGAAAGAGCAGACUGUAGCACACAUCCUUCUGACGGAGCAUGCAACAUACUGCAUUCCUUGAGCCUGAUUCUCACUUUCCCUAGAGCUCUCUUUAUAUUGCUUCAGCAAUGGAAAAGGAUAUUAAAUAGAACAUAAAUUCAAGCAUACAAAUGAAGACCUCUCUGCAAGGCCAAAGUGCAAUAAAGUAAGCCUUAGAGUAGAUGAGAGGUGAGUGCCUUCUCUUACUGCUGCUGAGGCUGAUGAAGUCAAUUGAAAAUGUAGGAUUGUCCAGAGCAGAUCUACCCUGUGGUCCACCUCGCCCAGUAUUCUGUCUCUGACAUGUGGCCAGUUAUAGAUAACUUGAAUGAAGAUGAAAGACCCAUGCUGGAUAAUUACAAAGUAGUAAUCCUAAGAGAGAUUUAUUAUAAUUCCUCAUUAGCUAUGUAUCUGCUUAUAACCUAAAGACAUAAUAAUUUAUGGCCUUAACUUUUUAUCCCAUAUAUAUUGUGGCAGAUGAUUCUCAUUAUCCUUUAAAGAUCUAGCUUAUUAAUUCCUAGGUGGCCUCAGUGCUAUCCUGUGGAAGUGAGUUCCUCAGGUUAAUUUCCACCUUGUUGAAAUGAUUCCUUUUCAGGUUAAUUUUGUUGCUGUUCAUCGAAACACCCUUGUUCUUGAAUUACGUGAAAUCAUAAAUCAGAGAACCAAAAUUUAACUUCUCUUGCCCAUCCAGCUAAAGUCUGCCUCUCUCCGGGAAAUCUGAAUCCACAAGGAAUGCAGGACCACAAUAUCAGUGUCUGCUGGUCAGUAAGGAGAGAACAGCCAGUGAGCGUGUGCGUGUGCAUGUCUGGAGGUGCGUGCAUUAGUGAGGUUCUCCUACAGUGACCUCUUGCAGAGGACUUGCAAGUACAACUCGUAAACGAUGGGAACACACCAGUAGAGUAAACCAGUCUAGAAAUUGUAAUUUGAUAUUUCAGUCUCUCUCUCCUCUCACAAAACCCCUAUUAAUAGCCUCUCAUAGGGAAAUAGGUAUAGAUAUUUUGCAGGAGCUGCUUUGGAGGCACUUUCUCAGCAACUACGCCCACUUCUGGCUCAUGCUGUUAGUUACUUUCAAAAGCAGCUCAAAUCCACAGUAAAUGGAAUGGGAAGAGUGGCAUUUAAUUGGCUUUCUAAGAGAAUGAGAUUUCAUCAAAGAGGCCAAGUAGUGCCUAUUUUUCUUCUUUUAAUUUCUUUUUCAUCCAAAGGAGAGUUGAGUAAUAACCCGCAUACCAUCAGCCCCCUCACUUCUUACCAACCCCAAGCUGACUGAUUUCAGUCUAUUGUGAGCUACUGGAUUAAUGCUGGAUCAUUCACAUGGAGGAGGAACACAUCUCUUGCCUUUACUGAGUAUUAUGCUAGCAUGUCCUGCCUCUCUUAGUAAUGAAAACAAAUCCCAUAGGGAGAAGGUACAAAACAUAUUAUUUGCCAGAGUGUUGAGUCUCAUCCAAAAUCAGAAGCACCCAAACCAUUUGGAACACAAAUAGACCUUCAGUAUGCCUAGGACUGUAGAUCUGUGACCCUUCUGACAGUCUUACACUAAGGAAAUCCUCCAACUCUCACUGCUGAAGAUGACUUGCCACUCAAAAAGAAAUAUAAUACCAAAUUAGCACCUAUUCUCUGUUCUGUCAAGGAAAACUGGACCUUGGUAAUCCAACCCUUUCAAUUCAGCAUCCAGCUUCUCUGAGCUAUUGAAGUAAACCUGAUAAAAAUGAAUCAGCAGGUAGCCUAAUUGAAGCAGCAUCUGAUCAGCCUAAAGCAAAUAGCUGCUUUUCACAUUCCCUGAUUUGUUUUUAUGCUGGCUGUGAAAAUUUGUGGAGGAGGUAUAAUGUGAUGAGAACUUGGCCCUGACAGGGUCUGAGCCUCGUCUGCUCCCAGGAGGCUUGUCACUCAGUAGGAUCUGUCCUCUAAGUCAUUACAACUCUGAUGAAGAAAGGCUCAUGAGAGAAACAACAGAUACUACAUUACAUGUGGAGUCUUAAGUUUGUAAAUGCAAUGAAAACCUUUCCCAGCGCUUGAGUGUCCUGCUGACAGAAACCAAAAUCAGGUAGGAAGGCCUUGCAGAGGGGCAGAUGCUGAAAGUACCAAGUUUCUGCAGCGUGUCCAGUAAGACAGCCAAAUGUGAAGGUGGCUUAAUGCUAGAUUCACAGGGACUUGUUCUGGCCAUGCCAAACCAAUGUUCUUGCUACUGUUAACCUUCUUAUUUGACCUGCUAGAAGUAACAAGCUCUCAGCUAACUUCAAUUAAAGUAACUCAGUGAUACAGUUCAUUUCAGCAGGAGCAAAAGAGUCCACAUAUUUUGACAGAUGACUAAGCUGGGAAAUUUGGAAUGAAUUUUAGGUAUGUGCGUAUUCUUCAAACUAACUCAGACAAAACAAAAAGGUGGGUUGUGCUUUCUUUGGCAUAGAACAGAGAGAUUUAAUCCACAAGGGAGAUACUGACAGAGAGACAACCUGUCUGAAAAAUAAGAAUGCUUUACUCUCUUAGACCUAUUUUUGUGAGGCACAAGAGGGAAUCUUUGUUUCGUAUUUCUAAGAAAAUAUGUAAAUGAGAAACAAGAUGUGUUAGGUGAUAGUGUAAAUCCAUCUAAUUAUUCCCAGUGCUGAUAACUAAUCAACUAGAUUAGUGCCUCUAGGAACAGACAAAAUGUUACGCAUUCACUGUUUCUAUUUCUGAUCCCUCUCCACUAUAGAUCAGGAGUAACUAUGAUGAAAACAGUAGUUAUACAAAUACAAAAUUUUCAAUGAAAUAAUUGUUUCCCUGGGUAUGUCUGCCAGUAUCUGGACAUAUAUCCAUUCUGAAUUAAUGUUUAUAAUUAGUAGGACACUGUUAGAUAAUCUUGGUUUAAAAUCUAUGGUUUAGUGAGAAAAAUAAAUACAAAGUUAAAUAUUAAUAGCUAUUUUUUCAUUAUAUAUUUAGCAAUGGUGCUGCCUUCUUUUUGCAUUUUAGCCUCUGAGGUAGCACUUGAUCCCCAGGCAUUAUAAAGGAGUCCAAGUGUAGGAGAAGCAGAGUUGAGUGAUACACUAUGAAUAAAGUAAAAAAGUAAUUUGGACCCAUAAUGUGCUUUAAAUCAGUAUUCAUGUUGCAAUUGGUAACCUGAUUAAAGAGCUUCUAGGUUCAUGUUAAAAUGCAAGGAGUCAAAUAUUCUAAACGUAUUUCUAGCAAAGUCACAUCAGGAGAAGCAUUAGUUGUGGGGUUUAAAGGCCAGUUUCCCCAAGAGCUGUUCAUUAAAAGCUUUUAAAAUAAUAAGAGGCCAACUGAAGAUCUGCAGAACUCUGCUACAUUAACAUGAUUCUUCAUGUUAUACAUGAUCACAGUUUCCACCGCUAGAACUAAGUCUACUUCACUAACUGACUUCUUUUCCCUGCAGUCAGUGAACUGAGAUUUUUGUUCACAACUACAUAGGCCCAAGGAAAACUAUUAAUGUUUCCCCUAGGAAAAGGAGUGUAACAUUCAGGUAAGCAGACCAAGGAGAUCUUCCAAACACUCUGUUAACUGUAUUUUAACCCCCUAAUUUAAACAUUCGUCCUCAACUAUUUUUCAAAGAGCAAAGACCAGGAAGAUACUUCUUUGGGAAGCAAAUGCACUACAGCCUUGAAUACACUACUGCCUCGUAUACAAUUGCUGCCUUAAAACAAAUGUGUCUGAGCAGUAUGGAGCGUACUUGCAUUUUAUAUCUGUAGCACAGUUUCACCUAAAACAUUCCCUUCAUGCAAAGUGUAUUAUACUUUCCUGUUUAAGGGUAUAGAAGAGGUAAAGAAGUAUUAGUGAGGCAUAGUGGUCUCUUCAUAUUGGAUGGUGCUUCUCAGCUGUUUUUUACCUUCAGUUCCAGCUCCAGUUUUGGUCCUUCUCCAAAGUGAUCUCCUUUUGAUUGGGUUGGUUGGCACCAGCUCUCUGUAAAAUACUGGAGGGCAAAUCCUCUUCCUAAACCAAAUAUUAUGGGGGUAAGGCUGUGUGAUUUGAUUACUGACUCCAGCCUCACCAAUAACCAGUGGAAUUCAUGAGAGAGAAAUCCCGUGACAAAUUCUGUGCUUAAUUUUUAUCAGUGCAACCUGUAUUGGCACUUUCUGUAUGCAUGUCACUGGAGAUAAAUGUAGGCCCUUUGAUUGGCUUGGCUGUGAUUUCUUUUAGGAAAAAGGUAUUGUAACAAUAUCAUUUUGCUGCAGCAAUGUCGUUAUACAAAGAAAAGAACCAUCAAUAUCCCAUCAUAUGUCAGAACUUCCUUCUAUCCAGUUCAGCCCAUAGGGACGUUCUUGUUUCCACACCUCAUGCAGACUUUAUUAGCACUUGAGGCCUUUUUGUGCUGCAAAAUUUCAUGCACGGUCAUGCAGCCAUACCCCAAGCAUCCCUCGUAAAUGCUCUGUGUCAGGUUAGGCUUAGGUGUUACUGUAGCCCAUAUGCUUUCAUAAUGUUCCUACUGGGACUUACCCUGCUGGAAAAUCUGGUACCAGUGUAGCAAAGCAUUUCUUGCUUUAGGUUUUUUCCAGGCAAAACUGCAGACUUCUGCAGUGUGCACACAUCAUAUAGCUGACUUGUUGCUGAUUUGUUGCCAAGUUCACAGUCCUGUGACACGUGAGAAAAGAGCAGAACUUGAUUAGAUACUUACUGGUGUGCUCAACUGUCCAAUUCUGCAGUGUCCUGUUCCUACAAAACAGAUAGGUGUCUCUGAGAUCCAUAUAUUUAAUUAGUCACUUUUUCUAUUUCACUUUGCUCCUUUUCUUUUUGCCACCUGGAUAUUACCAUAUUCUUCGUUGAACCUUAUAAAGUCUCCUGAAAGUUCAGCCCCCACAUUGAAUAUAUACUGCUUAACUAGAUAGGACCAUCACAUUCAGGAAGUGGGAUUACAUUCAUCCAGCUUCCUUGAAUUACAUCAUGACUUUCUUCCUCUCCCUUUGCUUUCGUCACAUAGUCUGUUGGUACUUAUGGUAUCUUUGAAUAAGACCAAAUUAUAUGGCCUCUGUGUGUGUGAAUGCAAAUGUAUGUAUGAGUAUGCAUGUGUAUGUGUGCCUGUGUAGGUAGGUAGCUAGCUAUCUCUUUUCGGCUUUACAGACAGGUUGCUAAUUGUGUGGACAUGCAUGGUUCAGGAAAGUCUUUAGAUGAAACAACUGUUACAACAUUAACUGUGGAGCAUUGGCAUAAAUCUGUAUGAAUCUAACGAAAAAUAACUAUACUACUUAUGUAGUGUAUAUGCACACAUAUAUUCAUAAAACACAUUCUGUCAGCCAAAUGCUCUUAACUUGAUGUUUGCCCUCAUUCAAAAUGUGACACCCGGAUUUGGUCCAGUAUAUUUUUGUGAGUACCCAUUCUGAAGGCGAGGCUGAAGCAUGCCUCUCAGAGCCUUGUGUGGUCUUUCAGCCACAAAAUAAAUGAAACAGUCCAGCUCAGCAGGCUUCACUGGCAGAGACGGGCAUCCAUGGGUUCUGACAGCUCUGGAAUGAUAACUGUUGAGGUCAGUCAUGUACUUCCAUUGAAUAUCAAUGUGUUCACCUGACAAAGGGAUAAAAUCUAAACGAAAUAAUCUAACUUCUCUAAUUACUCCUUAAAAAGAACUGCAAAAAAUUAUCAAGUCUUUAAACAGUUAGCAAUGUAGUGUAUUGAUAAGCUCUAAAAUACUCUACAUCUGGAGUCUCUAGUAUUCAAAGCACCGUAUCAAACAGCUCUUUCCCCACCUCACAUACUCUGAAAUAUGUUGACUGUGAAUAUCUUUACAAGUAAUCUGAGUGAUCCAUUCCAAAUGUGCAGUCACUAAUAAUUAGCAAUUAACUUUCUCUCCCUUGGUCUUUGCCAAAAUCUUUUCAGGAACAUGGUUAGUGUGUCUAAAAAACCAAUGGGUUGUCAGGAGGAGGAGAAACUCAUCAAUGAGAGUAUUCAGUAUGGAAUCCAUGAGGACUGCAGGGUUUCUUGAACUCAUUUUGCACCCAUUUAGUUAGUUAGUGGGAUGAAUAAGUAAGUACAUGUCACUACAGCUGCCUAUUUUGGUAUCGUGUUGGCCCUAAAAAGUAGCAUUUUGUUCUUCUAACUCUUUUGCCCAAUUGGGGGGUUCUCCUUGUCCCAUAAAGGGUAAUUGGAGAUUCGGGGGGUGAUUUUUUUCUUUCAUUUUCACUCAUACAAAGUUCAGUUAAUGUUAUUCCUCUUCUUAGAUUGGUGGCAUAUCCCUUCCCCUUUUGAAUAAGAUGAUGAAUGCAACGAUUUUGGCUGGUUGAUUUUGGGGUGAGAUUUUUAUUUUGGUUUGGGGUUUUUCUUUGGUUCAAUGUACAUUGUCUCUCUAUAGUCAAAAUGUCUGUGACUGUAACAGUAUGUAUUUCUUUUACUGGAGAAAAUAGACUUUUUGGUUUUCGUUAACAGUACUAGUGACUUUGUGGAAAACGACAAGUUGCUAUUUAGAUCUGCUUAGUUAAGUACAGUACACUACAAUACAGUAUUUCUGAAAGCUAGAACAUACAGUACACAAUAUAUAUAGCAAUUCUAUAUCAAUAUAUAUACAUAGUAUAAUCAUUUAACUUUUGCAUCUGCCUAUGAUCAUAGAAAAAUAAUUUUUCACAUGUAUCAUUCACAACCCAAUCAACUGCUGCAGCUAUUUGAAGCAUUUAACAGUAAUUAUUACAGCUCUAGUGUGCUUUCUCAUAUUAUUGGCUUCUUUAUUGUCUUUACAAGUAUUUUUUUUUCCAGGCUUUUUUAAAUCUCUAUGUAGCAAGACGUAGGAAAGUAAAAUUUUUUAAGAAAAAAGGUAAAACAGUAUUAGGCUCUACAAAAAGUUAGAGAUUGUUCCCUGCUACCCUUUCAUAUCAGAAGAACAAUUAAUCAAGACAAUUAAAGAGUAUCUAUUAGCUCUCUUCUAAGAUACCCUGUUAUUUCAUUUGUAAAAGCAUAUGUCAGACUUACCUCUUCUGUUCCUAGCCUGGGAGGAAGAUGCCACAAGUGGUCUUUCACUCUUUCCAAGUUCUGUUUCUUUAAAGUUUGAAGGUUUCCUAAAAUUAUUCCCCACGCUAACAUGGGGUAGAGUAAGUAUUAUUCUCUGUGCAGUUAUGCUAAAUGUGGCUGCUGGUUUUGCCAGGAAUUGGAUUAAAAAUACCUCCAUCCACCACUAUUAAUAUGUUCCAGUUGCAUCGUUACUUAUCCACUUGAUCCCCACUUUUUCAAGUGAAAACAACCUCUUUGAGUUUCAGUUCAGAAGUUUUCCAAGGUGAGUGUUGCCUUUACUAUCUUCACACCUCAUUGCUGUUGGGUCUGAAUUUUGAGUCAUUCCCACUAGAUUUUAAUUGUCACCACAGAGCUGCUGAAAAAAAAUGUCACUAGAGAGGUGUCAACAUCUAGAUCCAAAUAGCCCAGGGGAAGCAAAUCGACACCCAAGUCUUAUGGCUUGGGUUGUCCUUUCUGUAUUUUCAUCUCGCAAUAGCUGGCCCAGGCAGCAAGGCUAGAUCCAAACUUCAGAAGAGUGCAGACUCACAGGAGCAUGGGAAUUUGUUUGCCUUUCUAAUUCAGAUACCUGUCAGCUAUCCUGAGAUUGCUUAGGUUGAUAACAUAUCAAUCCUGAAUGAAAAUCUGCAAAAUCAAGUGGAUAAGGGUUGUGGAGGAGGUACUCAUUAUAUCUCAUUUCUCCUAACUGUGAAGACUGGAAGAAAUGAGAGAUUGGUCACAUCAGUUACAAACUGUGCUUUCACUGAGAAUGAGGAAAUCUCUGUCACUGCACAUCAGUAAACUUAAAAGUUAUUUUGGACUGGGAAGAGAGGGAAGGACUUGCCUGUGCUGCAUCUAGGGAUAAUAAAAUUAGAACUUCAAGCAUGGGAAUCAUCAAGUGCUGGCUUUCCUUACAGACACCUGUCGUCUGCCAUUUGCACUUAUGUGGAGGCCACUACCACAUCCUUUUUCUUUCUACUUGCAAUUUAAAAGUUAUGGUCUUCCAGCAGCAAUUUCUAAGUCUGGCUUUUCUGUAUUCUGUGUAUACCCAUUUGUAAGGGAAGGAGGAAACUAUCCUCUCAAUAUUCAUUAUGCAGGUAACAAAACUAGAUUACCCUAUUACAUAAGAGAUGAACUUUGUCCCAUUAAGCCAAACCGGUGCCAUUUCACAAAUUAAUUCUACUUAGCUGCUGCAACAGAGUGCUGAUUCAGUGGUCCACAUUUUCUGACCAUGGUCUUUGCCUUUUCCUUUGACUGAACGCUGAAUCAUACAUAUUUUCACAGAGAGUGUUCUCACUUCACUGAGAAUACCUGAUCAUUUAAAUGGCUGCAUACCCAUUCCACGUUUCCCCUGCUAAUCCUUUGUAAGGUUCAGUAAUUCAUUUAGGAUAAUUACUAGUUUAAUGUGUUUCUUGAUUUAACUUCUUUGUUGCCUUUUAUUUUUCCUAAUGCUUUUUUAAACACCUCAGUUCAUUUUGCAUGUUAUACAGUUUACAGUUUAUAUUUUUAGGCUAAGAAGUGGUUUUACAAACAGGAUGGUACCAAACAGGUAGAUUAUCCACACUAGAGAUUGUACUUUUAGAACGCAGUGUGUACAGAUACAAUUGCCUAAGGGAAAGUGAAACUAACAAAAUAAUCAGCUGGUGAACACUAUUUUAACAUAUCUUUUACAGAAAAGACAGUCAGUCAUUUGUGAAUCCAGAAAUCUUGCUUUUUUUUGAACAUGUAUCCUUUCUUUUUCAUUCUCUGAAGGAAUACUAAUCUUGAGAACUGUGAUGUUCUAAGAAACUUGUUUCUUAUGUGCAUAUUUUCUGCUUUUCUAAGGAGAGACAAAACAGAAGGUGAUACUGGCUUUACAGUUUAUAGAUUCUAGCAUUGGAGGCUUUCCUUGACUGAUAUAAACAUCAAGGGAAGACUCUGGCCAAAUAUUAGCUUUAUUCUAGUAUAUGGUUUUCAUUAUUACUUUCGUUUUCAAUCUCCUCGUUGACCAAGUAGACCUCCACGGCUAAUGCAAGCUGUGGUCUCACUUUUCUGUGGUCGACAGCAUUUACUUUCAGCUCCUAUUUGCACUUCUUUUCUGUGUUACACAGCUUUUGAGGAACACAACAGUUGAAGUAGGUAACACUGUCACCACGAGAGGGAGAACCUUGUACUUAGAGAAUGUUGCUCUAUGCUACUGUGCAGGGACAGAAAGGGAUUUUAAAGCUCUUCGCUGCAAGGUUGGAUGAGGAGAGUCCCCCACCUUGGGGGUGCUUGCACCAAAGACUGGGGGGGCCUCCCAGGAGAGAGGAAUGCUUGAACUCCAUACAAGGGACUUGCUCUUCACCCGUGCCACUUAGAGGAAAAGACUGAAUCUCCAGUAUCUGCUGCUGCUCUUUUUUUAAAUGUAUGAAUAUUUUUUAAAAAAUUAUAGUUCCUAUUUAUUGGUGGAAGAGGCAUCGCUCUUUCAUUUAUUGGAGUCAGAACUACUUGUUCACAAGUAUCUUCAGCAAGUUACAUUGUCUUUUGGGGUGCCCUGUUUCCUUUGUCCUAAUGCCAGGAUGUAGCUUGGACUGCUGUGAAACUCGUGGGGAUCCUUUUAAAUCUGGAAUUUAUUCUCAGUUUCAUGUGUACUGAACAUUCAGUCCCCUAGAUCCUUGCUCCAAAGUUCAGUCAAAGAAAUUCUUACCAUGAAAUGAAGCAGAAAAUUGGUGUUUUCCCAUAAACUCCACCCAUAAUGAGCUUUUGUUGUCAAACAUAAGAUAAAUAAAUAGGCUGCUCAGUUCAGGCAGGGCAUGCUGCAUGACCUUUCUUGUCAGCAUCAGUGAGGCCUAUACUUAAUCCUGGAAACUGAUUGGAGCAAUGCUCAGCGGGCCAAACUUUGCAGGCGGGACCCACGUGCUCUUUUGUUGACUUCAGUGCAUGUUCAUUGACAGGGAAAACAUACGUAGUCCUGCAGGAAGCUGCAGUCCUAAAAGCUGGUUUUAUAUACCCCCUUGAAGAUGCCACAGGACAGUUCCCCAUAAUUUAGCAUGUUUCUGCCUGAAGUUUUUAUUCUUCAUAAAACUGACUCAAGAUUUGAUUUCACUCGACUAGGCAUAUUAUGCCUGUAUUAAGGGAUCCAUGAUUAAAUAGUCUCUCCUUGCUGGGAGGCUUAAUUCAAAUGAACUAUAGAGGGACGGACAGCUGCUUCCCUUUCAACAAGGCAUGGGACUUUUUUUGUCCAGAGUCAUAAACAGGCUUGAGUCUUUCAUUCCACAAGUAUGUAGCCUCUUUGGGUUUGAUUGGUGAUGGCGUGUUUAUCUUAAAUAGUGAGCCACAGUGUAGAUACAUGGCACACAGCAAUCACUUCUCUCUAAUUUACACCUUUGCUGUGUCACUUUUCUAUCGCCAGAACAAUGUAAAAGUAUUUGGAUAUUUGGAGUUACUCGAGUCUAGGUUUCUGACUGUUGUACCCAGAAGCGCUCUGGCCAUACUUUUUCUGUAGUGGUGAUCAUAUAUUUGUGUGGGUGAAAUAAAGUUGUUUCUUUGUAAUGUCUGAUUAUAUAACCCCAAAUUCAGAUUGUACAUCAAGCCUUUCUGUGGAUUUCUUUUUUAAAGUGCUACUGCAUUGGUUAUGCAGGAGAAUGGAUGGGAACCCACAUAGUCUAGUGUGAACUUACCAUUUCAGCAAACAGGUAGGACACCCUCAAAGUACACAGAGCAGGAAAAUUCAGUGCUGAUGGUUAGCUGGUUAUACUGGCUAAAAUGAUCUUUAUAGACUUUACAGAAGAGCUAGCAAGCAUUAUCUGUUUUGUGACUUGUGUAUGCUCUGGCAUGGGCACACCACUGUAGCUCAGUGCCCAGACUGGGUUUAGGUGCUGGCCCCUUGC